GUGUUCGACGUCGCAGCUGACGUUGGCGCAGUAUACGACUGCAGAAACUUAUAACGGUUAAAAAACGAAAAAUUCUUUUUUAAUUAAAUUUAAUUUAAUUUUAUGGAAUUUGGUAUAUUGAGUUCCGUUGUAUGCUUUACCGAAUCUUAUGCUCUCUAUAUUUCUACGAUGAUAUUUGUUGAAUUAGAAUUAAAAAAUACAUGACCCAUAGUCUCGUGUAAUGCCGAUGCGGAGUUAUGCCGUCUAUUACCGUCCUUCAGCCUUAAACCCAGAUGGAAGCACACUUCUUUAUCGGUAUUGUAUUGGUGCGUGGUGUAUGACUGAGAUAAAACUAGGGCAGUUUCCUGGAACUAGUGAAUAGUGUGCCGUUUCAUGGAUUUGAGUGGCUAGGUGGCGUAUUGUUUGGAAUCGGCUUUCUUUUCCGUUUAACGGGGAGUUGCGGCGCAGGUAAUAAAUUGCUGAUCCUGUAGGUGUACUUACUCCGCCCGGGAAGUGAGCGUUCGGCGGCUUUCGCAUCUACACAGUUAUGACCCCUGUUUGCACAGUUCUGUCCCUCAGUCCCCAGCCUGCGCUGUCCGGGAUUGAACUCGUGUUUUACGGGAAAGGGCAUCUCUCUUGCUGAUCAGUCAGUACUGUAGUCCCGCAAACAGACUGACAACGUAGCUGCCAGAUGUGUGUCCACAUCUGAUAUUAUAAUUACUAGGUAUUUAAUCAAUUAAUCCUAGAACCGUAUGUAGAGCACUAAUGCAAAGACCCGCAGUGCUGUAUGAGAUGCAUUUUUAAUGCUGAAUAAUACAGUCGUUAAGCUGGACGUCCAAGUCGGAUUUAUUGCUAAUCGCGUAAAAAGCCUUAAUUUGGCUGUCAUUUAGUUAUAUUGCUCGGAAGAAUGCAGUCAAGACAGAGUGUUACGGGGAGCGCCGACGGCGGCCUGAGCCUUCCCGGAGGCGCUGCGCCGAAGCCCGCUGCAACUGGGAAGUGUCACCUGAAGGCGCCGAGUCUUCGGGCCGGCAACGGGGAUGACGACUCUGAGGCCGAAUCUUACCGGGACGGGCGAACCGACGAAGUGGACCGUGAUACGAAGAGCAGAGCGUACGCCUGGUGCCGGGACUUUCUCUCCGGAUCAUGGAAGUCUAUCUCAGAGGCGGAUUUUCAGAUUAGUAUUGUCAGCGGUGGCCUCAGUAACCUGCUGUACCUGUGCAGCCUCCCGGACGGCGUGGCCACCACCGAUGGGGAGCCGGGGCAGGUGCUGCUGCGGGUUUACGGCGCCAUCCUGCAGGGUGUGGACUCUCUUGUGCUUGAGAGCGUCAUGUUCGCCAUCCUGGCAGAACGGGCCCUGGGACCCCGACUGUAUGGCAUAUUCCCAGAGGGCCGCCUGGAACAGUACGUCCCGAGUAAGCGCCUGCGGACCGAACAGCUCCGAAUUCCAGAACUUUCUGCAGAGAUAGCGGUGAAGAUGGCUCGGUUCCACAGGAUGGUUAUGCCCUUCAACAAAGAGCCCAAGUGGCUGUUUGGGACCAUAGACAGGUACAUGGAUCAAAUACUGAAGCUGAGCUUUGUCCGCGAGGCUCAUGUGAAGAAGUUCAGCAAGCUGAUGAAGUACAACCUGCAGCAGGAGCUGGAGAGUCUCCGGACGCUGCUCAUGGACACGCCGUCACCGGUGGUGUUCUGCCACAAUGACGUUCAGGAAGGUAAUAUCCUUAUGUUAGACAACAGGACUGCCUCGUCCACAGAGAGGCUGAUGCUUAUUGACUUUGAGUACAGCAGCUAUAAUUAUAGGGGCUUCGACUUUGGUAACCAUUUCUGUGAGUGGGUGUACGACUACACCUAUGACCAGUGGCCGUUCUUCAAGGCCGAGCUGGAAAACUACCCCAGCAGAGAGCAGCAGUUGCAUUUUUUUAGAAGUUAUUUGUCUGAAAAUAGUGAAUACUUAAAUUCCACAAAAGAAGACCAAGCAAGGAUUGAGGAAGCCAUGAUUCUAGAAACCAAUCGUUACGCUUUGGCGUCUCAUUUCCUGUGGGGUUUGUGGUCCAUUAUUCAAGCAAAAAUCUCCACUAUUGAGUUCGGCUACAUGGACUAUGCACAGAGUCGGUUUGAUGCCUACUUCAAGCAAAAGAAAAAUGUUUUGCUAACCUUCCCUCCCACCCCCGACAACAGUGAAUAGAACAGGCAUUAUGUGUUCUACAUAUUCUGGAAAGUACCUGUAGCCUGUUUUAAAGGUGUGGAUUCUGCUCAAUAGGUUUGUACUUAUCCUCCAAGUGCUUUAGUGUUGCAUAAAAGCAAAAGUGUGCCCCCCCCCGCAACGUCCACAAAAAUGGUUAAACAGUAUCCCUGCGAGAGAAGGAAAUGUGUCUUAUGGUGGUUCAGAGAGGUUAGUACCUAGUAGCAUAAAUACGUUCAUGGCGACCAGCUCUAUCGUCCUGUUAUGUUUACAGACUUCGCCUCUGUCUGUUUAUACUGAUUUUCUGUGAAUGAAGGCUAUAUGAGAUUGCAGAGGGCAUGCAACCCUUUUUUAAAGAAAAAGUAUGAGGAGUAACAAAUGGUUUUUUGUAACUUGUUCAUUCCUGCAUUUGCUUUAAAACCUCUAAUACUGUCCAUUGCAUGUUCAGCCAAAGACUGAUCUUCACUAGGGAUGCUCCGAUCGAUCAGCCGAAGAUCGGUAUCAGCCGACAAUCACAUUUUAUGACUCGAUCGGUACUCAUUAAACUUGGCCGAUCUUAGGAACCAAUCACAAUUGAUGACGUCAAUGCGUGAGGACGUACACGAUGAGUGGGGACGUAAAUGUUUUGGCGCCACAGUCAUGUCAUCGCCAGUGUGGAAUUACUAUUACUACUUCUUUGUGAUUAUUUAGUACUCUGUUAAAACAAUAGUUGCAUUAGAUUUAUUACUGUAAAAAUAUAACAAAAAUAUAACAAAGGCAACAUUUAUAGUAUUACUUUAUCUGAAAAAAAGUUAAUGGUUAUCAGAGAGCUUACAUAUCAGUUAUAUAAACUUGAAGCAUCAGAAUCGGCAUUGGUAUCGGCCGAUCACCAUGACAAAAAAUUGGUACUUGGUAUCGGUGGCAAAAAUCCUGAUCGGAGCAUCCCUAAUCUUCACCAUCGGAGUAGAUGGUGUUUCUUUUUUUUGCCCUUGUAUGGACGUCGAAGAGUCACCCCGGUGUCUUUUUACUGUAAAAACUGAAUCGUAAGCCCUGAUCUGAGGCAGCAGGCCUGAAGCAGGUAGAUCCCGUCUUGGCCUUGUCCCUUGUCUCCGCAGAAUGGCUUGAUAUCCAUCCUCUAGGUGCUGUUCCUUUCAUGGUUGUUCUGCUUUCUCUUAUUUCAAGUUUCACCAGUAGGCCAGAGGUUCGCAAGUUAAAUCACUGAAGCAGGAAGUUGGUAUGGUGUCACAUGACACUGUACAAUCUUCCACAACAAAGCUUGUUUUGAUGAUCAGGUUCUGUGCAAGGUGUCAGUCUGGUUUGGUUGUUUUGGGAUCACACUAACAUUUAGCUAUUAGCAAGUGUGCAGACUACUCUGUGACAAUGGAUUUUGGUAUCCUGUUGGGAUAAUUGUGAAACGAUUACAAUUUUUUUUGUAAAAUAAACAAAUCGCUGGCUUGUGCUUUGAAGUUUGAACGGCCAGCUUAAUUUGGCUUUUAAUUUGGGGUAUGGUGAUAAGCAUCUUGCUACUGUGAAAUCUUACUCAUGCAGUUCUAUGAAAAAGAAAAAACGUUGGAAACAAGGAAAGAUAUGUGAUUACCCUCUGUUUUGUUGACCUCGCAUGUUCAGUUUAUCUAAGGAAAUAACAAACAUAUUUAUGUUACGUAUUCAUGUUGAUUUACAUUCUUAUUCUAUUUUCUGUGGUGAAUGAAGGAUGUGCAAAGUCAGAAUUUCAUUGUACAGCGAAAUUGCUUGUUUUCUGUCCGUAUGACGGUAAAACUCUCUAUAAACUGCGCAGACCGCAAAUACAAAUUUAGCACCUUUACCGCCAAUUCGCACUGGACGCGUUUGUGGUCCGUAUCUGAUCCGGCGCGCCGCUGGUUUGCGAGAUCACAUGAUCACGGGAGAAUAACAUUUAACAUAACAUUUAUCUAUGUUUCUAUGGAUAAAAUAAUGUGUCACUCCCAUGUAGGUUACUGCAUUUAUUAGGAGUUUACAAGUACUUCACAGUACAGGUUAUUUUCAUUAAAAAAACAAGUAUUUACAUAGUUAAUUGGAAGAUUAAACUUACCGUCAAAUCCCAAAACUUCUGCAGUUUCACUCCACGCCUUCUCCUUUCUAAUAUUAUCCUUGUAAAAAGGAUGUCUGGGGUCGUACACAAUUCCGUGUUUCUCCAGCUCAAAAAUUAACUUCUCGUCGUCCAUGAUGUGACGGAGAAUUGGCGCAUGCGCUCUGUGUUGCGUUCUUGAUCCGUAUCCGUCAAAAAUAGACUUGAUGCGCAUCUCGACGGACUGCCGGACGCGUGACGGAACAGAGACGUAGCGGAGACGCAACGCAGCGGAUCUGGUGUAAACUGAUGCAUUGACUUUAUUGGCGGCAAUUGCCUGCGGCUGCCGUGUCGGAAACGCACCGCAACGGAUACGCAUCCAGUGUAAAUCAGGGGUUACAGUUAGUCCGUCCAUAUUAAUGUACUCUAUGUAAAUUCAGCAGUGAACAUGCAACAUAAACAGACAAGUUAUUCAGCGCUAAGUAUUUCGCCGUCUGUGGCUCCUGUGUACAGCACGUAGCUGAAAUAAUAAGCGUUUCCCAAUUGCUUUAAUCUUGCACUGCCGUGGCUGAAUGAAUCCAUCAAGGUCCCGCAUUCAGUAAAUGUAAAGGGUCCAAUAUGAGGCUUAUGCACGGUGUUAGCUGUCAGUAGCAGGAAGCAGCGCUGCGUGAAGCUCGCGCAUCACACUAUGCAAAGGUAGUGCUGUCCGCGGCCGUGACGUCAGUUUUUUGAUGCACUAAUUCGGAAGGGCUUUCCCGAAAAUGUACCCAGUGUGUGUGUGCGGCGUGUAAAUCCCGGGUGAUUAGUGUUUAAUUGCGUGUCUAAUUCGCUGAAAUUCCUAAUCGAGACUGUUCCGAUUUUCUGGGGUGAGAGAGAUCCGUUUUGUGUCCAUAAGAAUGAUACACCGAAUAGAAGUGGUAUAGAUGCUGAGGAGUUAUGCUUCUUAAAUGAGUUUGUGUAAAUCAUGCCUCAUGAACUGCCCUGUCAGAAGCGGCCAAGUCGCAUGUCUUGAUGUCAAUGAAAUCUCAGUUGUUUGCCUUGCUUUUGUAAGUUUCAAUAAAUCGUGUUUUAUAA